AGCGAGCUCGUGUAGACCCGAAACGGUCCAACCCAGAGAGAGAGAGAGAGAGAGAGAGCAUAAAAGCACGCAUUUCAAGUAGUCGUUUGCAUGGCACUCGUUUGGUUCUCGCGCUGGAGCUGUUCAGCAUUUAUCGGUAGUGUCAACGAACUGUCCCCACGCUCACGGAAUCGUUGACCCAUGUGAUACUGCAGCGUUGCGAGCGCGGAAGGGAGGGGGGAGAGAGACAUUUUUUUCACUCGGUAGACUGGAGAAGCAGGUGCAUACUUUGGAGAGAGAGAGAGCGCUGGAGGGGGGGGCGGGGUACAGUCGCGCGCGUGAAUCUCUCACCGUCGCAGUCGUCCGCGAGGAUGUAUCCAACAACCAGGCUCCUGCCGCGCGCGCGCUGCGGUCAAUGUAACGGAAUCACAUGUGCCCCUGUGAUCUAACGGCGGUACUGUUCUGUUUCUCUGGGCUCGGAUGUUCCGCGCGCUCCAUACACAAUUCAACUGGGAAAUCAACGCACACCAGCCAUGGCGCUGGUCAUGGAACCCAUCAGCAAAUGGUCCCCAAAGCAGGUGCUGGACUGGAUGAAAGGGUUGGAUGACUGUUUGCUGCAGUAUAUGAGGACAUUUGAGAGAGAGCAGAUAACCGGAGAGCAGCUGCUUCACAUCACCCAUCAGGAGCUGGAAGAGCUUGGCGUGACCCGCAUCGGACACCAGGAGCUCAUUCUGGAGGCUGUGGACUUACUCUGCGCACUGAACUAUGGUCUAGAGACAGAGAAUUUGCGGACUUUGUCGCACAAACUCAGUGCAUCCGCUAAGAAUCUGCAGAACUUCAUUACGGGCCGCCGCCGUGGGGGGCAUUAUGAUGGACGGGUGUCACGCCGCCUUCCGAACGACUUCCUGACUUCAGUCGUUGACCUCAUCGGAGCAGCAAAAAAUCUACUAGCCUGGCUGGACAGGUCUCCAUUUGUCAGUGUUUCUGAGUACUCAGUGCUGAAGAACAAUAUUGUUCAGCUCUGUCUAGAGCUAACCACCAUAGUACAGCAGGAUUGCACAGUGUAUGAAACUGAGAAUAAGAUUCUACAUGUGUGUAAGACUCUAUCAGGUAUCUGCGAGCACAUUAUUUCAUUGUCAUCCGAUUCGUUGGUGUCGCAGUCUGCCCACCUAGAGGUUGUCCAUCUGACGAACGUUAUGCCUAGCGAGGGCCUGGGCAUGUACAUCAAGUCCACAUAUGAUGGCCUUCAUGUGAUCACUGGAACCACAGAGAAUUCUCCUGCAGAUCAGUGUAAGAAGAUCCACGCCGGUGAUGAGGUCAUUCAGGUCAAUCACCAAACAGUGGUGGGCUGGCAGUUGAAGAAUUUGGUUAACUGUCUCCGUGAGGAUCCAAGUGGAGUCAUCCUCACGCUGAAGAAGAGGCCACAGAACACUCUGGGCUCUACUCCUGCACUGCUGAAGAACGCCCGCUGGAAACCACUUGCCCUGCAGCCGCUGUCCACCAGUCCAUGCAGUGGUUCUCCCACCCCACCCAGCACGCUCGGGUCAGUGGGCCUCUCACCUGGAGUCGACACACCUGGGGGACAUGAUGUUUUUAUUCUUUCCCCUGUCUACGGACACAGAGAGGAAGAUCUGGAUCGGGGUGGAUUUGGUGUGUUUGGCUCGGAUUCUCCAGGGUAUUAUGUAGAACAGGAGAUAAUGGGGGGUCAGUACUUCCCCCUCCUUGAAGAGGAUUCUGGGAGAAAUACCGGGCUGCGACGCAGAGACCGGACCCCAACUCACAGUAAGAAGAUCCAAUUGGAAUAUGCAAAUAUGCAAACCGAUAUAUUGACAGGUGACAUCCGACAGGUUUCCAUGGGAACUGACUGGCUGGCAGAGCCUCAAGAAUCUGGAGUUUACAAAAGAGGUAGCAGAGAUUCUGAUUCCUCCCUCUUGCGGUUCCUCAGUGAUGACAGGAUUUUGUUGAUCCAGGAAGAGGCAGAGUUUUCCCAGCGUGACACGAGCAGGCGAUCCAGGAAGAAGAGCCGAAAUCCCAGCAGUCCCAGUUUUCCCAUUAGUCCCUCUAUGCUUGCCCCGCCUGUCCGUCUGGACACAGGUCCCCCCGAGGGGCUACCUUUCCCCGUGCCCGACUCUAACACAAUGCCACACUACCAUAGAGCUGCAGACACACUUCGAGCAGAUGCUGAUAGAUAUGCCAGUUCAGGACUUGACCGACAAGCAGGGGCAUCAAUGAGGAAGUCUGUACAUUAUGCCUCUCUGAGGACCAAGCCCAAGAAAAAGAGCAAAGGGUCCCUCAGUAGUGCCAGCAGGAGGCGUAUUGCCUGCAAAGAUCUGGGUCAUGGUGACUGUGAAGGCUGGCUAUGGAAAAAGAAAGACGCCACUGGCUACUUCACGCAGAAAUGGAAAAAGUACUGGUUCGUUCUCAAAGACUCCAACCUGUACUGGUACACCAAUCAGAACGAUGAGAAAGCAGAGGGCUUCAUCAGUUUGCCAGAGUUUCGGAUAGACAGAGCGAUUGAAUGCAGGAGGAAACAUGCCUUCAAAGCAUGUCAUCCUAAAAUUAAGAGUUUCUUUUUUGCUACAGAUCAUUUAGAGGAGAUGAACAGGUGGAUGAAUCGUUUAGGCUUGGCUGCGAUUGGCUACACGCCUGAUGAUCCGGUACCGCGUCCUGAUGAAGAUUACUGGAGUGAGAGUGACCAGGAUGAGGUUGAUGGGUCUAUGACACUCAAACAGGAAGCCACUUACCACCACAACCCCUCUGGAACUUCGUCCAGUCCAUUUCCUGAGCGCCAUUUUUCCAGUGGCUCCACAUUCUCGCAUUCCUCCACUGAGGAGUCCCAUUCUUCCUGCAGAUCCUCCCAUCGAGAACGCCGCUCAUGGCAGGACCUGAUUGAAACCCCCUUGACCAGCACAGGUCUACACUACCUGCAGACCGCAGAAGAGGAGGAGCCAGCACUGCUGCCACCUGAUCAUCAUCGACAGGCCACGCUCCCCGCCCAGCACCGGCGUCCUCUGGAACGUGACGGGCCGUUUCCGUUGACGGACAGCGAAGAGUCCCGGCCUCACCAUCACACUCACAAGCAGCGUAGUCAGAGCCUCCCACGCCACCGCGACACACACGGACACUCGCACCGCAGCACUCGUACGCACACUCACACACACGGCACUCUGAGGCCAAGAACUCAUCUCCAUGAGGAAGAGGAGGAGGAAGAAGAGGAGGAAAAGCAGGUUCGGAAAUCUAGAAGCAGGAAACCUGAGAGCGAAGAGAAAGUGUAUGAUGGCACGGAUGGCCUGAAGGAGCUGUACCGAUCGCUGGAGCAGGCCAGUCUCUCGGCUUUUGGCCAACAAAGGCCUUCCACCAAACAAGAGUUCAGACGCUCCUUCAACAAACGCAGCAAUGACCCCACCACAAAUGAACGACUGCACCGCAUACGGGUUCUCCGCUCCACGCUAAAGGCAAAGGAGGGCGACUUGGCAAUAAUCAGUCAUUUGCUGGACGACCCUUGUUUGACCUCAAGGAAGUUUCGUGAAUGGAAGCAACGUAACCACGAGCUCUUCCUGGAUAUCUGUGAGUUCAGCUCUGCUCCAUUGGAACUGCCCAGCGAGUCCAACGACCUUUCACCUCUCUCGCCAACGCUGAUGAUGCAUACUCACUCUUUCAUAGAAACGCACGUGUGAGACACAGUCACGCACCCACAUGACUAACAAACAGUCACAUGCUAAAAUACAGACAUAAAGGUAUAUGAAUAACAUGAGUUGUGCAUUUCAAACCCACAUACACAUACAUACACUUUGAAAAACACUGUGGAUCCAGACGGUCUUCACUUUUUCCUCGACGGAUGACCUGAUACUGCCCUCCUUCCGACCGUGAGUGACAACAGAUUGAACCAAUACACUGUAAGAUCAAUGUCAAAGAACUGACUCAGCCUCCAGAACUACUGCAGACAGACACGCAGGCACUGAAUCCGAAAGGUGACUCAAACUGCUCGUCAUGGAAGCGAAAGUGUUACCUGCACAUUUACUCACUGCAAACUCUGUACAAUAUAUUUCAUCACAGCCACAUUUUGAGACUGAUGGAAGAAAGGCCCCGUGAGGUGCCCACUGCAUGCUUCAAGAAUCAUCUUUUCAGAUUAAUUGACUACAUGUUGAACAAAAUAGGACCGUAUAUAAAAAGGAAAUCUUUUAUUUUUCUCUUUGAUUGGAGUA